AUGAAAAGAAAAAAUAUUCAUGAUGAAUCUCCAGAAUAUCUAAGAGAAUUUUUGCGAUCACUUAAUAAGUUACCUGCUCACUACUGUCGCAAGGAAACUUUGAAAGAAUAUCUAGAACAAUUUCAGUCCAUGGCUCAAUUACACCAAGAGUACGAGAAACAGUGCAAUAUCAAAGGAAAAAAGUGUUUGUCUAUAACCAAACUAACGGAAAUUGUAAACGAGCUCAACAUUGGAAUAUUUACACCUCGAAAGGAUAGAUGCGAUGAGUGUUAUAAAUUUGAAAACAAAAACUUAGAGGAAGAUCUAUUUUUGAAACAAUGUGAAGAAAAAGACAGGGCUAGAAACGAAAAAAAAUUUUACAAAAAUAGAGCCAUUUUCGGGGAUCUUCAAGCGGUCAAGAUUUGUCCUCAGCUAAAAGCUAGCUCACUGUAUUACAAAGUAAAGCUUUGUUGCCACAAUUUUACCAUCUACGACUUGGCAACAAAUUUGGGACCUUGCUAUUGGUUUGACGAAACCAAAACAUAUCUGCAAGCCUCAUCAUACGCCUCGUGUGUUGUCGAUUAUCUCAAAGAUAACUUUUUGGACAACGGUGACAAAAGAGAAAUUAUUAUAUUUUCAGAUGGUUGCAUAGCACAAAAUCGCAAUUCCAUAAUGUCAAACGCGCUACUUCAUUUGGCUGAAACUUAUGUCGAUGCGUUGACAGUAGCAUUGGAGUACGAAGUUGCAACGGAGACUUCCCGAGGCCCUGCUCGAGUAAGAGUCAUCAGAGACCACAACAACGUCGACACUCAACAAGAGCCAUUUGAUCCCAGCAUCAUGGAAGACGUAGUGACUAGCGUCAUGAAAAUACUGGCCCCAGGAAGAGACGUUCUGUCAGAUGUUGGAAUUGUGGGGAACUAG